AUGUUCGAUUGGCACUCAGCUGGAACGUUGCCGCCAGAGCCAGACUACAAUAUCAGCGCAGCCGACCUUGCUUUGGAUUUAGUCCAAAAGCUGUUACCUUCGCAUUGCUACCAGAUCAGGAGCUUAAUUGAAGCGCUCGAGAUCAAGUACAUUGAUCUGCAGAGACUUGAAUGGCUCAAAUCUUUGUCUGCCGGCUCGGUUGAUGCGAAAAGCGGGUCUCGCCGAUGGUCACUUGAUGUCCAACCUGUCUGUACACUGGCGCGGAGCGAACAAAAGCAUUUAGUGUGCAAUUGUAUGACAGCGGCGAAGUGGGAAAUUCCAGAAUCGGAUCUUCAUAGCGACUAUGAAUUUUUGGCGGGACGGAAAGCACAAGGCCAUCGCUACCUAGGCACGACCUCUGCGACUACCCUUUGCACGGAGGACGGCAGCAUCCUGGGCCAUGUAUGCAAUAGCGCUGCCGCCGGCGACAUCAUCGUGACUGGAUCAUACGGCGAGAUUGUGCUACGCCCACGCACGACCAAGGAUGAGUACGAGGUCAUUGGGAGGGCAGCAAUGCUGGAGGCAUGCCCUCGAGUGAGGGACAUUCGCGACACAACCAUUCCUCUCGGCGAUUUCCAUGUUGACCUUGAGCUUCUCGCGACCAAUUUCAAGAUGAUCUGCUGUUUCGCUGACCGGAGUGACCUCUCAUGUGGCGAGAUCCUUGGAAUAGACAUACCACGAGCUGGAUCAAUCAUGCGAGAUGUGGGUGAAGAGCCCUUGUGGAUCAACUUGAGAGAUUGGGUUGAACGUUGGGGCCAAACUGCAUGA